UGCUGAACCCCACUGCAGCACUGGAGAAAGGCAGGGAGGCUCUGGGAGCUCGAGCCGGUCCUCCCUUCCUUCUGCCAUCACCUCCGCAGCGGCGCUCCUGAGCUCCAGCCUUAUUAUUUUUUUUUCAUCCAAACCUAUUGUCCAUCUUCUCUUUUUUAAUUACCCUCCUCUUCCUCUCUCCAUCUCCCCUCUGAGUCAUCUCCCCUCCCCCCUCUCUGUCACACAUCUCACUCCUCCUCCUCCCCUCUUGUUUUUCUCUCCUUUGCUUUGCUUCUCCAGUAUUUUCCUGGUCGCUGUGAAGGCUGAACACACACAUACACACACACACACACACCCACAGGCGGCAGGAUGUCGAUCAUCAGCAUUGUUGCCAGGGAGAUCCUGGACUCUCGGGGAAACCCCACAGUGGAAGUGGACCUUCGCACAGAAAAAGGUCUUUUCAGGGCCGCUGUGCCCAGUGGAGCAUCUACGGGGAUCUAUGAGGCUUUGGAACUUCGAGAUGGAGACAAAAGCCGCUACAGGGGCAAAGGUGUUUUGAAGGCAGUUGGUCACAUCAAUGACACUUUGGCUCCAGCACUCAUAGAAUCUGGCAUCAGCGUGGUGGAGCAGGAGCAGCUGGACAACACGAUGAUUGAGAUGGACGGCACAGAAAACAAAUCUAAAUUUGGAGCCAACGCCAUCCUGGGAGUGUCUCUGGCCAUCUGUAAGGCCGGCGCAGCCGAGAAGGACAUCCCUCUGUACCGCCACAUAGCUGACCUGGCAGGAAACACAGAGCUGGUGCUGCCGGUUCCUGCUUUUAACGUGAUUAACGGAGGAUCUCACGCUGGAAACAAACUGGCAAUGCAGGAGUUCAUGGUUCUGCCUGUUGGGGCUGAAUCCUUUAAGGAGGCUCUGAGGAUAGGAUCUGAGCUGUACCACACGCUGAAGGGGGUCAUUCAGGACAAAUACGGUCAGGAUGCCACAAAUGUGGGAGAUGAGGGAGGAUUUGCCCCCAAUAUUCUGGAAAACAGUGAAGCUCUGGAUCUGCUGCAGACAGCCAUAGAGAAGGCGGGCUUCACGGACAAAGUGGUGGUCGGGAUGGACGUGGCGGCCUCCGAGUUUUACCGCGAAGGCAAAUACGACCUGGACUUCAAAUCCCCACCUGAUCCACAGAGACACAUCUCUGGAGAAGAGCUGGCAGACAUCUACCAGAGCUUCGUCAACAACUACCCAGUGGUGUCCAUCGAGGAUCCCUUUGACCAGGAUGACUGGGAGGCCUGGUCCCGCCUCACAGCCCAGGUGGGGAUCCAGGUAGUUGGAGAUGACCUGACAGUGACAAACCCCAAGAGGAUAGAAAGAGCUGCCGAGGAGCGAGCCUGCAACUGCCUGCUGCUAAAAGUCAACCAGAUCGGAUCGGUGACCGAGGGCAUCCAGGCAUGUAAGCUGGCUCAGGCAAACGGUUGGGGGGUGAUGGUCAGCCAUCGCUCUGGGGAGACAGAGGACACUUUCAUCGCUGACCUGGUAGUGGGACUGUGCACUGGACAGAUUAAGACUGGCGCCCCCUGCAGAUCUGAGCGACUGGCCAAGUAUAACCAGCUCAUGAGGAUUGAAGAGGAGCUGGGCGACCAGGCUCGCUUCGCCGGACAUAACUUCAGGAACCCCAGCGCUCUGUGAAGCUGACAGACGAAUGCCUCACGCACGCAUGCACACAAGCGCACACACAAACUGAUGUAAACAACAACCGAGAAAUGAGCCAUGUACAAAGAAAGAUCUCACAAAUUCAGGAAAAAAAGAGCCAAGCCACAUUAACCAACCAAUUAUGCACUGGACUGAAGGGAGGGAGGUGAUUCUAUAUGCACCCACAUUUAUAGAGUAGGCGGAUGAAACACCUGACAAUAAAUAUAAUGUAUUUAUAAGCCAGACGUGCACUGUUACUGUAGAAGUAGUUCAUGUACAGUUAAACCUGCCAAAUGAAGAAUUUUGUUGUAAAAACAGAAGCGAGCAGAGAAGCUGUAGAAUAAAGAGAAGCAUGCAAGCGAAGGAGAAAACACCAAACAAAAACAGUGCAGAUUCAGGGACCGAGCGCACACAACUGCAACACAACACAACAGGAACACACACCUGCACUCCAAUCACCUUCACUCACUCACUCCCAGUCUCCUUUUUCUUCUCGUCGUCUGUUUCUCAGUUUCACUUCUUCUUCCCUUUUCCCCUCGUCUCAAUGUGAUCCUGAUUAUUUGUCCUCCAUGCUUGAAGACCUGCCUGUCUUGAAGAAGUAGAAAUGACUUAAACCUGAGUCCCUGUGUCCCUUAACCCCCCCAGAGAACUUCCCUCAUGAGUGUCCAUAGAAUAGAUGUGUUGAAAAAGAAGGGAAAUAAAAUCAAACAUUAAAAGAAUGCCUGCCAUUUAAAUUAAACUGAAAAUAUGUGAAAUAAAAAGAUAUUCAUUUACAAUUUCAGUCACUGAC